CAGUGGAAGAGAAAAACCUCAAAAACAAAAUUGAGAGAGGUUUUUGUUUUACCCCUUCAUUUAUUUCUCUGGUAAAACAGCAGCAGAGAUGGCGUUGAACAACGGUCUUAGAUCAGCCUCCAAGCUAUUCACUGCUUCCGAAUCUCUUCUAUCCAAGUCAGUGAAUAGAGGUAUCCACUCAACAGGGGUGAAGAGGAUGGGAGGAGGUCAUGCACAUGGCCAUGACGAACCAUUCUAUCUUCAUGCGAAGCACAUGUACAAUUUGGACAGGAUGAAGUAUCAGAAAAUCAAAAUGCCUCUUGCUGUGUUCACUGCCUUCAGCAUUGGAGUACUUGUACCUGUCUAUGCUGUCAUUUUCCAGCAGAAAAAGACCGCUUCUGGCUAAAGUCAUUUUUCAGAGCUUCUUUUGCAAUAACGGGAACAAGUUUGUCCUGCCUGGGUUGUGGAUUGUUGACAUUGGUUCAAGUUGACAGUUUUCCAAUUAGGGUUGUUUUUUGUUCACUGGGCAGUGUGUUUUUCACUCUUUAAUCUUGGAAAGAGGUUAUCGAAUACUGCAUGUUAUAAUAAUAUCCUUUGGCACAGAAACCACUUCCGUC